AUGGCUCGAUGUCCUGCGCCCUCACCACGGUUUGAACUUGGAACUCGACUUACAUCCAUUGUGGCCUCCUCAUCAUCAAAUCUGGACAAACCAUCACCAACGCCGCCUAAGCCGGGGUUGCAAUAUGAUGAGCGGCCUCUGCCGUCGAUUCCGGUUUCUGGUUACCAACCGCCCCUCCAUCUCAAAUACGUCGCUCGACAUGAUUUCGAAGGACCACGAAAUGGGCUGGCAGUCUCCCCACCGACAGGAGCCAUCGCUUUUGAGCUUGUCCUCCACAGACGUCGAGCUCAUGUUAGCACUUGA